AUGGCGUCAAAUCAAUUCACCGUCGCUUCUCCGCCGUCCGAUGCCAUCUCCGCCCUCAAGUUCUCGCCAGAUCCGGAGUCUACACAAUUCGUCGUGUCGUCGUGGGAUAAGAAUGUCUAUUUGUAUGACCUGCGCGAUGAGAACGGGAAUGUAGGAGAGGGGAAGUUGUUGCAGAGGUUUGAGCAUCGCGCGCCGGUGCUGGAUGUUUGUUAUGGCGCGAAUGACAAUGAGGUUUAUACGGCUGGGUUGGAUUGGGAUGUUAGGAGAAUAAACCUAGCAACAUCCGAACAAACCGUCCUCAGCAGCCACGACGCCGGUGUCCGCAACGUCGUCUACAGCAAAGAACAUUCAUUAGUCGUCUCUGCCUCCUGGGACUCAACAUUACACGUGCAUCGCGUCGAUACAACGGCAGACAUCCCCUCUGCCACCGUACCCCUCCCUUCCAAACCCUUCUCCAUUUCCCUCACAGCCACUAAGCUCGUCGUCGCCAUGGCCUCGCGCUCCCUCCAUAUCUACGACCUCAAGGCAUUGGCCCUUCUCACCGAGGAAUCCGGCGAGGUAAUCAAUAACAAGAUUGAGGUCGAGCCGUGGCAGCGCCGGGAAAGCAGUCUGAAGUUUAUGACGCGCUGUGUCGCCUGCAUGCCGAAUGACGAUGGAUACGCCUCGUCUAGUAUCGAGGGCCGUGUUGCGGUGGAAUGGUUCGACCCGUCGCCUGAGUCACAGGCCCGCAAGUAUGCGUUCAAGUGUCAUCGACAGGCUGCGGAGGAUGUUGAUGUUGUAUACCCCGUGAAUGCAUUGGCGUUCCAUCCGGUUUACGGGACUUUUGCGUCUGGUGGUGGGGACGGUGUUGUUGCGCUGUGGGACGGAAUCGCGAAGCGGAGGAUCAGGCAGUACCAGAAGUAUCCGUCGAGUGUUGCGGCUGUGGGUUUCAGUGGGAACGGGAAGUACCUGGCUAUCGCGGUUAGUCCGAAUUUCGAAGAUGGGAAGGAUGAUCUCGCAGAGGGGUCUGUGAACAUCCAUGUGCGGGAGUUGGGAGAGACAGAAGCAAAGGGGAAGGGUGCCAAAUAA